CAAUACCGAUAGUUAAAGAUAAUGGUUUAGAUAAUUCUGAAUUUAGUGAUCUAUCAGAUAAUGAUUUACAAAUUAGUAAUGAAGAUAGUGAUAUAAAUAAUGAGAUCAAGAUAAUAAUAGAAAUAAUGAUUUACUAUUGA